UGUUGUUCUCAAAAUGGACCGUACAACAUCAAUAUCACUGCUUUUGCUCUCUUUUGUGGGUGGUUUCGUCCAUUGUGAACGCCCUAAUUUUGUACUCAUCGUGACCGAUGAUCAGGAUAUUAUGCUGAAAGGAAUGAAUCCAAUGGCCAAAACUCAACAGUUAGUAGCAAAUCGUGGAGCUACUUUCGUGAACGCUUUCACCACCUCGCCAAUUUGUUGUCCAUCACGGAGUGCCCUACUGUCGGGUCAGUACGCGCACAAUACAAAAACCUUCAACAACUCCGAGAGCGGUGGCUGUUAUGGAACGCAUUGGCGCGAAAAAGUGGAACCGGAAACGGUUGCCGCUCUGCUGGAGAGAUCUGGCUACAGUACGUUCUACGCUGGGAAAUAUCUGAACGAAUAUCAUUCUGACCGGGUGCCAUCAGGUUGGACGCAGUGGUACGGACUGCAUGGAAAUUCCAGAUAUUACAAUUACACCUUGAACGAAAAUGGGCAGAUUAAAUUUUACCAAGACGAAUAUUUAACUGACCUUUUGAAAACUCGUACCCUGGAGUUCAUCACUUCAAUCGACGCUACCAAAACGCCAUUUUUUGCCAUGGUAGCUCCGCCAGCUCCUCAUGCUCCGUUCACCGCUGCAGACAGACACCAUCAUCUCUUCCCAGACGUGGAAGCGUUGAAAACUAAAAAUUUCAACCUCCCAUGCGGUCCACUAGAAAAGCACUGGCUCCUGACGAUGCCACCAGUGCUGUCAAAAAAAACUCUCACCUAUUUGGACACCAUCUACCGAAACCGGUGGCGCUCUCUAAUGGCCGUUGACGAACUCGUCGAGGCCGUCAUCUCUCUGCUCGAAUCCAAGAAUCUCCUUAACAACACGUACAUCUUCUACACCUCGGACAACGGCUACCACAUUGGCCAGUUCAGCCUGCCGUACGACAAGCGCCAACCGUACGAAACCGACAUCCGGGUUCCGUUCCUCGUGGCAGGUCCGAAGAUCGCUCCGAAAAGUUUGGUCAACUCUCCGGUGGCGUUGAUCGAUAUUGCGCCAACGAUAGCGGAGCUAGCCCAGCUGCAACCGUCCACUCCGAUGGACGGGGAAUCUAUUCUGUCGAAGCUUGAUCACGAAGACAUCGAAGAGCGCCAACUUUUAAUCGAAUACUGGGGCGAAGGCAGCGAGGAAACGUACAAUCCAGAUUGUCCGUGGCAGGCAAAGGACCGGCUGUCGCUUUGUUCCGUGGACGCCGAGUGCCACUGUCAAGACUCGUGGAACAAUACCUACAGCUGUGUUAGACACAUGGGUAACGAUCUGGAUCUGAUCUACUGUCGGUUCAAAGAUCGCGAGAACUUUGCUGAAGCCUACGACCUGUCCGAGGAUUUGUACCAGAUGAAGAACGUAGCGUUUGAAAUGUUACCAUCGGUGCGGGCCAAAUACGACCUUGCAAUAGUAAAUUUAACUGAGUGUGUUGGCGAAACGUGUAAAAGAAUUUAUUGAUAUUCGCGAAUUAAACCGAGAAUGGAAGCACAAUCUUA